GCAUCCUAAAUGGGUCAAUACUUUGGGCUUUCGGUACCCGGCCCAUCAGUGUGACUCAGUACUUCUCCCUUCCCAUCGCCAUUGCUAGUCUUCAAUAACACGCCAACCUCCAUUUUUGCUUAAACCUCAACUUCUUCAAGGGGAAGAAGAAAGGAAGCUAUGGAAAUCCCAGUCCAGCAGAAGAAGCUUUCACUCGAUAUUAAGGGAAUUGAAACAGAUAUAGUCAUAUGUGCCUAUGAUGACCAUUUUAUGGUCAUAGCGACUCAAAUAGGAAGCAUGGGUACGAUAUUGCAGGCCAGGAAGGAGGAGGGGGUGUCGAUCCAUCCAACCUUUAGUGUUUCUGUAUUACUGGGCAAACGUGAUGAGCCCAUGCUGGUUGCAUGCGCUCGGCAGAUUAUUGAACACAUAAGUAAUGCCGGAUCUUCUAGGUCUUUGGUUUUAUCUCUUGGACUACGCGACCAUUCUCUGCCCACUUUGAAGGGUAUCGUUUCGGCUGUCACUGAGAACUGCCUUUGGUGACCUAGGCUCUUGUCAAUUUUGGAUUGUUCAUAGUUGUUAUAGCCAGAAGAGAGAAACUUAAUGAUUGAUUCAGUCCUGUGAAGUGUUAAUUGCUCACUCCUCCUUCAUGAUGUUCUACUAUCAGCAAGACUUCUCUAGACUGUAAAAAAAGUGUUUCUAUUGGUGUCCUUAUUGAAAAAGAGGGGGUUUAUGACUCGCUCUAGAAAUGCAUUUACUGUGAUGAUUCGAGUGUUUUGGUGCAAAUGGAGAUUGCGAUUUGUUCUCUCUUUUUCAAACAAUUGUAACGAGGGUUAUCUCCUUAUCUUUUUAUGGUUAAAAAGUUACUUUCAUGUCAAAGAAAA